UAACGUUUCUAACAUACUACUCACCUCUAAAACCUAUACUAUAUUCUUUAAAUAACAGCAACAGACUUCUUCUGAAAUGCCAAAUCAGAGAGAGGGAGCCACUGAUGAUUCCCCUGCUGACCUUCCCUGUCUGGAAAAACUUGACUCUCCAACAGGGAGCCCACCCACUGCCUCAUUAUCCAGUCUAAUGGAGCUGGAAAAUUGUGUUUCCAACAUGAGUCUUGCACAUGAGAUAGUGGUGAACAGAGACUUCUGCUUCAAACCCCGAAAUCCUUCUACAGACAGCCUGGAGGGUAGAGUGACAGAAAUCGUUCACCGGGCCUUUUGGGACAGUCUUCAGGAGCAGCUGAACAGCGAUCCUCCAAACUACAGCCACGCUGUCCUUCUGCUGCAGGAAGUCAAAACUAUGCUUCAGUCCCUGCUCUUGCCUGCUCACGUCAGACUGAGGUCUCAGCUUGACGAGGUGCUGGAUAUGGAUCUGAUUGGGCAGGAGGUCGACCACGGGGCUCUGGACCUCCACCGACUGGCGGAAUUCGUUAUCAACACCAUGGCAUCUUUAUGUGCUCCGGUGCGCGACCCAGAAGUCAGAGCACUGCGGGAUCUCAAGGAACCUGUGGAGCUCCUGAGGGAGAUCUUCCGUGUCUUGGGUCUCAUGAAGACCGACAUGGUUAACUUCACCAUUCAAAGCCUGAGGCCUCAUCUCAUGCAGCAGGCCAUACAGUACGAGCGGGCGAAAUUCCAGCAGAUCCUGGACAAGCAGCCAGAUUCUUUGGACAAUACCACUGCUUGGCUUCAGACAGCAGCGUCUGAGGUGGUGUCGCCGUGUGAGGCGCAGUCUGAUUCUCCCGGUCCUGACAGCCGUGGUCCUUUCAGCCCCACCGCUGUCCUCAACCGGGCCUACAUACGUCUUCUCCACUGGGACCCACAGGACCAGAAAUACCCUGAGACCAUCCUGAUGGAUCGGGCCCGCCUGGAUGCUCUUGGUCAGCGGCUCCAGAUGUUGGUCCUGGAGGCGUCGGUGCUGCUCUUGACUAACGCUCAGUGCGGCCGCGUCGUUUUCUCCCUGCAGGGGUUUGUAGGUAAACUCAGGCAGUCCAUCACUGCCCUGCUGGAGGGCAGUCACACAAGGGAAGCUGACCUGAAGGGGGCCUUGUUGGGGAUUGGGGAGAUAGUAUUGCAGCAGAUGUCUGAAGCGCUGGCUACUCAGGGAGGAGCAGCCCUGCCGGAGGAGAGCCAGGAUCUGCUGAAGGGACAAAUAUCUGAGCUGUGGAAACACAACAACCCAGUCUGCGUGCUUAUAGGAGAAAGGGUACAGGGUUUCCUCCAGGACACGCUGCGGGGCGGCCCUGCUAAAAGGAGUCCAGAGCUGCCUGCUCCCCUCGGGCUGCUGAGUGCUGAGCUAGUUGAGCUGGGGACGGCCUUUGGGCGAAUCGUCCACUUCAACCAAACAGUCUUUGGUCCCUUCUAUGCGCCCAUCCUCAGGAAACUGCUGUUCCAGCCAGUAGGGGCCGAGGCUGGGGAGGACUCACGCUAAACUGAGGCUGACCCUUUCAGUUUGUAGCUACAUUCUUAGGCAAUUUAAAGAAACAAAGGCACAGAACCAAAAUCCUGUGUUGCCUUAUACAUAUUUACUGCCUUGAAAAAAACAAACACGUGAAAGAAAUUUUAGUAAUUCUGACCCAGGUGAAAGCUAUAAUUAUUAUAUUUAGCCAUUUUAAGACGCUGAAUGUGAAUGGUUUUAGAAAUCAGAGCA